GCGUCGUGACGUAAUCACGCGGGGUAGCCGCGGUUUGUUAGAAUGGGGGUCGUGCGUGCUGACGUCAUCACGCAGUGCGUCAACUUCUUCGUGACGUCAUCGCGCACGGUUCCGUCGCCCCCCUGCCGGGCUUGAGCGACGGCGAAGAUGAAGCUCGUGAACAAAAUCCUGGACAAGGACUCGGGGCAGAUCACGCUGAUUCCAGAGGAGGCUGAAGACAUGUGGCACACCUACAACCUGGUGCAGCCUGGCGACAGUGUGAGGGCGUCCACCAUCCGCAAGGUAACCACCGAGACGGUGACGGGCAGCGUGGGGAGCUCGCGAGUCCGCACGACGCUCACCUUGUGCGUCGAGUCCACCGACUUUGAUGCCCACGGCUGCCUCCUGCGUGUCAAGGGCAAGAACAUCCAGGAGAACGAGCACGUCAAGAUGGGCGCCUACCACACCAUUGAACUGGAACAGAACCGCAAGUUCACGCUCGCCAAGAAGCACUGGGAUAGCGUCACACUGGACAGAGUUGACGAGGCUUGUGAUCCAGCCCGUGCCGCCGAUGUGGGUGCCGUGGUGAUGCAGGAGGGCCUGGCCCACGUCUGCCUCCUGACGCCAGCCAUGACGGCCUUGCGCUGCAAGGUGGAGCACAGCAUACCGAGAAAACGUCGUGGUAGCUGUGCACAGCACGACAAGGCGCUGGAGAAAUUCUAUGAGCUGGUACUACAGGGAAUCAUCCGUCACAUCAACUUUGAUGUGGUGAAGGUGGUGCUGGUGGCGAGUCCGGGCUUUGUGAGGGAGCAGUUCUUUGAGUUUGUGAUGCGAGAGGCAUUGAGGCGAGAACUGAAAACGUUGUUGGAGCAUCGCUCCAAGUUCCUGCUGGUCCACUCCUCCUCCGGACAUCGCCACGCACUCACAGAGGUUCUGAGCGAUGCCACCGUGGUGAGCAAACUGGCCGACACCAAGGCGGCAGGAGAGGUGAAGGCUCUGGAUGACUUCUACAAAGCCAUGCAGAACGAGCCAGAUAGAGCGUUCUAUGGCUUGAAGCACGUGGAGAAAGCCAAUGAGGCGCUGGCAGUCGAUUCGCUGCUGGUCAGCGACCACCUGUUCAGGAACCCGGACGUGUUGGUGAGGAGUCGCUAUGUCCGUCUUGUGGACAGCGUGAGGGAGAAUGGAGGGACGGUGAGGGUGUUCUCAAGUCUACACGUGUCUGGGGAGCAGCUGGCACAGCUAAGUGGAGUGGCCGCCGUGCUGCGUUUCCCCGUCUCCUGUGACGAUGACGACGAAGGAGACUCCAGCAACAGCAGCGAUUAGCACCACAACCACAACAACCACAACAACCACCACCACAACCACCACAACCACCACAACCACAACCACAACAACCACAACC